AUGCCGACUUUACAUGCUCCAGAAGAGAGGCUGAGAAAAUUUAAGUACCGAGGCAAAGAUGUGUCUAUGAGGCGGCAACAGAGGAUAGCAGUCAGCCUGGAACUCCGGAAGGCCAAGAAAGAUGAGCAGGCCUUAAAGAGAAGAAAUAUCGCCAAUUUCUCCACUGAUCCAGCUUCUGAACAACCAACUAAAGGGGUCAGCCUCACCCUGCAAGAAAUAAUCAAUGGUGUGAAUACCUCAGAUCCAGACCUAUGUUUCCAGGCCACCCAGGCAGCCAGGAAAAUGCUGUCCCAGGAAAAGAACCCUCCUCUAAAACUGAUUGUUGAAGCAGGGCUCAUUCCCAGGCUGGUGGAGUUCCUGAAGUUGUCACCUCAUCCCUGCUUACAGUUCGAGGCAGCCUGGGCUCUGACCAACAUUGCUUCAGGGACUUCCGAGCAGACUCAAGCUGUUGUGGAAGGUGGGGCCAUACAACCUUUGGUUGAGCUCCUGUCUUCCCCCCACAUGACUGUGUGCGAGCAGGCAGUAUGGGCCCUUGGUAAUAUAGCAGGUGAUGGCUCAGAAUUCAGAGACAUCGUUAUCUCGAGCAAUGCCAUUCCACAUCUGCUGGCCCUGGUUUCAUCAACCAUACCAAUCACGUUUCUGCGGAAUAUCACGUGGACCUUGUCCAACCUGUGCCGAAACAAAAAUCCUUACCCUUGCAAGACAGCCGUGAAGCAAAUGUUGCCUGUCCUGUCCCACCUCCUGCAGCACCAAGACAGUGAGGUUCUCUCGGAUACCUGCUGGGCCCUGUCCUACCUCACCGAUGGCUGCAAUGAGCGCAUCGGCCAAGUGGUCAACACAGGGGUCCUGCCCAGGCUGGUCCAGCUUAUGAGCAGCUCAGAGCUCAAUGUCUUGACCCCCUCUCUCCGCACAAUCGGGAACAUCGUCACAGGAACGGAUUACCAGACCCAGAUGGCCAUUGAUGCGGGCAUGCUGAACGUGCUGCCCCAACUCCUGAUGCACCCCAAGUCCUCCAUCCAGAAGGAGGCAGCUUGGGCCUUGAGCAAUGUGGCUGCAGGGCCCUGCCAACACAUCCAGCGGCUGAUCACUUGCGGCAUGCUGCCUCCCUUGGUGGCUCUGCUAAAAAAUGGAGAAUUUAAAGUCCAGAAAGAAGCUGUUUGGACCGUGGCUAACUUUACAACUGGAGGCACUAUAGACCAGUUGAUCCACCUUGUCCACUCUGGAGUCCUGGAGCCACUGGUCAAUCUGCUUACCAUCCAAGACACCAAAAUUGUUAUCAUCAUCCUUGACGUUAUCUCUUUUAUCCUCCAGGUGAGCUGUUUGAAGCAGGUUGGUUUUUAA